GUGUUUCAGACACUGAGAGUGAGGAGACAGAGAACGAAGGACUGAGGGAGGGGAGAGAACGAAAGGAAUAACUGAAAAGACAAACUAUAAAAAAAGCGCUUUUUGAAGAAUUAAGAGCCACCUGUGAGAUUUAUCAUUUUCACUGUGAACUAACUGAAAGCAUUAUAUUACUGACUGAAGAAAAACAAUCAUUUUGAAGGUUUAAUUGAAAGCUGAGAGGGUCUCUGUAGCAGCAGAAGAUAAGGUAAGUCGCAAGAAUGUCUGAGGUGGAACGUCCAAAAAGUGUUGUCAGCCAGUCUUCCAGCAUCAUCACAGUUUCUUCUAUUUCUCCAGGUUCAAAGCCCACCAGGCCUGUGAAGAAAGUGCACACAUUUGGAAAGCGGGAACAUUCAAUUAAGAGGGACCCCAACACACCAGUUGUGAUCCGAGGAUGGCUUUACAAACAGGACAGCUCUGGCUUGAAACUGUGGAAGAGAAGGUGGUUUGUGCUGUCGAAUUUCUGCGUGUUCUACUACCGAGACAGUCGGGAAGAAACAGUUCUAGGAAGUAUGUCUCUGCCGAGUUACAAGGUCAUGCCAGCUGAGCCCAAAGAAGUCAAAAACAGAAAGUUUGCUUUUAAGGCAGAACACUUGGGUAUGAGAACAUAUUACUUCAGUGCUGACACUCAGGAAGACAUGACCGGCUGGGUGCGUGCUAUGAAUCAGUCUGCACUAGUCGAAUUGGCUAGUAACAGCAAGGCACCUUCACUAUCAGAUAUCAACUGUAUCCUGCAAGAUGAGCGUUAUACCAGCUAUGAAGAUUUUACUCAUCCUGGUCUUAUGCAAAAUCCUGAACAUGCUAAAAGUGCUGAGUCCCUGGAAGUUACAGAGCUUUCUGAAAAGAGGGGGGACAUGGAUUUUCUUGAAGAAAGGGUAAUAGGAUCAGAAGAUACUGGGCGGAUGAUAAAGAAAAUGCCUCUGUUCGCUCUUUCUAUGGAGCGUUGUACUCCUCGUGCCCAGAAUGGUGCAGCCCCCCCUCCCACACCUGUCAAUGGAGUUCAGGAUGAUUCUUUCCAUUAUGAAAGGGAUGCAAUGAAUGAUAGUGUAGAGGAAGGACAGGCGCAAUGCCUCUUGCAAGUACAUGAAUGGGUUCGUUCACAGAAGGAGAAAAUGUCCCUUGGUAAAGCCAGCAGAACUGGUGAGGUUGAGCAGCAUCAAGAAAAGAGUCUUGACAGUAGUGAAUGGCCAUGCCAUGGGAGCAUCAGACAAGACAUUGUCUCAUCGGAUUAUACCCAUUAUUGUGAAAGACCAAGCUGUCCCACACAGACUGAAGUAGAUCUGUCCAUCUCAAGACCUGUUAGGGUUACACGUUCUAGUUCUCUUCCACCAAGCCCUUCAGAAGUAGCAGGGUAUCAGCUGUUAAAAAGACCCAACACUCCAGAUAACAGAAUGCGAACUCAGUCUACAAAUGAAAAUGCUAUCAGAUAUGUUCAAGAAGAAACACCUAAGCAAAGGCCACUGGCUUCAUCUCAUUCUCCAGUUGAAAAGAAGAGAACUCCAUCACAGAGAGCUAGUGGACAGAUUUCAAGGAGAGGUCAGAAGUCACAAGCUUCAUUAGGAAGGCAUGAUUUAGAUUCCAGUGAAGACCUGUCACUCUCUGGUUCAUUUGGACCAGUUAGCAGAUCAUUGAUUAGACCACACACCCCAGUGGGUCGAGUUGACAUUCAUCCAAUUGAAGUUAUUUCUGUAGGUUAUACCCAGGACUCAAAACAUCAGGAAGAUAAACAUAAUGAACAUCUUAUUUCAACAAUAAGGUCUAAGACAUCAUUGGUAGGGCCAGCGUCAAGGCCACAGACUCCAUCUGACAGAUAUGAUGUCCUGCCAUUUGAGGACAUUGUUUGGCCUUCACCACAUGUAAAACUUUUAAACAACCUCAAUAAGCAAAAAGUAAAAUCUCCUCAACCAGGACCAGUGGAUGAGAGAUAUAUUGAUGAAUCCAGCAUGACUUUGCCAUGUAGAGUUUAUGGAACAUCAGGCAGAUCACAUGGAAGAGCAAGUGCACCUAUUGAAAGAGGAGGUGUCUCCCCCCCAGUAGAUCGACAAGCAGAGAGCUGUCAAACAACUCCAUCACUUGGACGACACAGAAACCAGGCAGCAAAGCAUUUGAGUCUGUACCAGGAGAGGUGCUAUACACCCCAGCCUCCAUACACCUCACGAAGCAGCACCCCAAGGCUCCAGGGAAAGAUGCUCUCGACUCACAGCUCUUCUGCUGCUUAUGCCCAGCUACCUCCCCUCCCUCCAGUAGCAUCACGUUCCAGCACUCCAGGGCAAUCUGUGAAGCGACUAUCUCUUUCUGUGACACCUACAUCUGAAAUAUAUCGGGAAAGACUUCACCAGACGGUCAGAUUAACAGAAAGUGAUGUUGAUGUCCUUCUAACCAGAUUGUGUGGGCAAGAUAAAUUUCUCCAGAGUUUAACAGCAGAAGCAGCUGAACUCAAAGCAGACAAGGAAAGGCUUGAAAGUGCUUUGGAAAUGACAAGGAUGCAAAUGGAAGAGUUUAAAGAUCAACCUGCUGUCUCAGAAAAGAUCACCUGCCAACAGAGAUUUUUCCAAGAAGACAUGAUUACCAUCCGAGCCAAGCUUUGCAACUUAUCUAUGGAAAUAGAACGAGCAUGGAAUGACUAUAUGAGGCUUGAAACUGAGCUGCUUGUACAUAAGGCGUCAUUGGAGCAGAUUCAGCACAGUGGACUUCCUCAGGAGCAAUCCGAAGCUCAGCGACAACUGUGGAUGGUUGAGGAUAUCAUGUCAGGGCUCACAGCCAGCAAGAAUAAUUUACAGAUGGCAGUUGAGUCUGCUAGAUACCCAGUGUUAACAUCUCUUCCACCGCCUCCUUUGGAGCGGCUUCCAUCCGUUCAGAGCAACCUGCUACACCUCUCAGCACUGGAGUCUCCAACCCAGCAACAGCAGCUUAUGGCAGACAAUGAGCUACCAAAGGACUCAGAAGAUGUUCCUCCAAGGCCCCCAUUACCUAAAGAUACAAUGUCUGCUACUGAAGAUGAAGCAGCUUUAGACAGAAAUGGAAAGGCAGUGCAGGCAGAAGGGAAGACCCUCUCAAGCAAGAAACCAGUUGAAGAAAAAGAAGGCAAAGGGAUGGUGAAUGCAAACAGCAGGCCUCACAUAGGAAAUGGUACAGAUACCCUGAGUCGGAAAACUCGGAUGAGUGCAGAAGAGCAGCUGGAGCGGAUUCGAAAACACCAACAAGCUCAGAUUUAUGAGCGCAUAAAAUCAGUCACAUUAGGACAAAGACGGACCCCAGAACCCCAGCAGGGUAGUGCCAGACACCAAGCCAGCAACAAAUGUAAGUCUAUGGAUGUAAAUUCGUGUCAUGCAGAAAAUGUUAAUAGACAAAAGGGAAUGACUGCAAACUUGCCUGCAUCUUCCAAGGUAGCACCAUCCUGUGCGCCAGCAGCAACAUUAAUAUCACCAAGUGAUUCAAGCUGCAAAGCAGCAGCAAAUGAGGAAUCAUCAACAAUGGACAGAGCUGGGAGCCCCGCGCACGCUGAAAUGGCCAGACUGCCUUUAAUUCGACAAACAGUGCAGAGUGAGCAGCAAGGGGACACAAAGGACACGGGGGUCUACUCAGUCAGUUCAACAACUGUAUCUCCAUUAUGCAGUGUGACAACAAUAAGCUUGAAGCAGAUCUCAGUGCCAGUGACUGGGUUAGCCUCACCAUUAAGGACAACUAAUAAACUUCUUACAGCCAGGCCAUCCCCACAGACUUUAGAAGAUGCAGGAGAACAACACAGCCAUGCUGAAGACAUGGCUAAGGUAAAAGUAAAUAAAAUGGUCGUCACAGGUCGUUACAUGGAGUUUGACCCUGAUGUCACAUUAACAGCAGAUCAGCUGGAGGCAAAGCAGAAGAAAGUGGAAAAGAUUAAAACAAUGGUGGCACAGACAAGUCCUGGUGCUGCAGCUGGAAGCUGCACAUGGCACUCUGCGAGUGGUGACAUUUACACCCUGGAGAGGGAGCGGGACCGCAUUAUUAACCUGUCCUACAUACUGGCAACUGAAGCUUCUCAACGCAGCAAACUCAUAACAGGUAGGGUAUUUGCUGACCUCCCACCUCAUGCGGAUGAUAUCCAUACCGAUUCUGGCAGUGAAUGGGAACCAGUGCUUCAGGAUGUUCAUAGUGAUGGACAGGAGGAGAAGGACAGGAGUUCCACUAGCUGUGACUCUCAAGAAGACAGCAGUCCUGAAUAUCAUGCAGAUCAGGUCUUCAUGUUACCCAGUGAAAUUCCAGAUAAUCUAUAUUCUUCUGUGUCCAACACUGUGUUAAGCAGGGAAACAGUCAGUGAAAAAUUAACUGUAACUGAGAUGCAAGAAACAGCAACACAGGACUUUCUGAACAACAAUCAGCUGGCUUCACGCCAUCCACAACAGUCUGGGAAAUGCUCUCGGUCAGGCUUAGCAUGCGAUUGUGGAGUGAAAGAGCUGACUGUGACAGGGGAUCCGUGCAGUUUUGGCUUGGAAUCUAACAAGGAGGUGGCUUCUUUGGUUGAAGAAUAUAUACAAAGAGACAAAGAGCCCAUCAGGAUUACUGUACUGCAGUCUAGUUUGUAAUAUGUACUGUGCAACAGUGAAAAACAUGUAGAAGUUACAAGCAGCCAGCUUUACUUCCAAGACAUUUUUAAACAUUCGUUCUGGUGCCUUUGCUUUACAAAGUAUGAGUGUUACAGUGAAAUCUUCCAGAACACCAUCCUAGUAGGCCAGAGAAUGAAUCAUCUUGUUUCAAAAUAAACAAUUUGGCACUAAUUUUUCCUUAAACCUAGUAGUUUAGAUGUCAUUAAAGCCUUGUACAGUGAUGUGUCUUUUGCAAAUACAGAUACUUUUCAAGAAGUUUGCAUUCACAACUUGGGCAGUGGUUUGCAUACAUUUCUUCAUUAAACCCAAAAGGAUUUGUGAAGUUCAUGUUGUUUCUUUAAGUCACAGCUUUUGUUCUCUUUCUUCUGAAUAAAAAGUGUCAUAGGCUGUGUUUUUCAAGAAGUUUCAAGGUCUUACAGCUAGAAAAAUCCAUAUUUUUAUUGGGUCAUCUGUGUUCCAUCCAUAAACUGAGUAGUUUUAAAAAUGUAAUGCCUUGUUUUCUAGCAUCAUUUAUGAAUAUUAUUUACUUGUUGUUGCUAAUGAUUUAAUUUCCUCUGCAUUAUCACAGUCUGUUUUUCCUUCAUGUCUACUUGUUUUUGUACUGACUGUAGCUUCAUACAUCAGACCUUGCAAUACUUUAGGCAACUCUCUGCCUGAAACCAGGCAAGUUAAGUACAAAUGGCCUAAUAUGGUUGGUACCAUGGCAGAGGGACUGCAGUGCCAACUGUGCUCCAAAUGCCUCAUGUUUGGCUAGUUAUGCAGAUGCUGAAGGAGAGGGCCAGGGACGUAUAAGCAGCCAGUACAGUGUUAGCUUACCCAUCCCUGGGUGGGGGAUUGUGACAACGUUUAUUUAGUUUUGCCACAGGAGUGCCACGUAGGGAACGCCCAGAACUGUUUCUUCAUGCAGCAGGAAUCAGGAGAACAUGAACCCAAGAAGGGAAUCUUUAUAGUCUAGACAAGCAUAAUGAGCGUAAAGAAGCAUCUGACACUUUAAACUCAGUGGCAUUUCAUAAUGCUCACCGGCCAACAGGAAAAGGGGUAUAUGUGUAAAGUAAAAAUCCCAUAUAUGGCAAUAAGGAAGGUGUAUUUGUAGAAGCUAGAAGGUUAAAUCUUGUUUUUGAAGAAAGAAAUGUGAGUAGGUUGUGUAUUUGAAUGUGGGUAAUGCCGUAAUAGGACGCCGCAAUCCUCAACAUAUAAGAAGGGAGGUGCAAGACAUACACAAAUCAGGGCAUAAGCGAAUCGUACGCUCAGAGAUGAAAGCAGUAUAAACUGAAUUACAUGCCUGGAAGUAGGACCUGCGAGUAACGCCAUUCCAUUCAUCUCAGUCUAAGAUCCCAUUCUGAAUAAAAUUCAUGAUUAUAAUCAUAUGAUGCAUUCAUAGAGCAAAUGCUCCUCCAUGUGCGUCCAAUUUUGUAUUCUGAUACUAUAAAUAAUUUCUUAUAUUUUUUUACACUAAUCACACAGCCUCACAAAAUUCAGUAAAAUAUACUUCCUGUUAACAAACUGAUGUCUGUAUGUUUGAUUUUAAAUAAUGUAUAUUGCACAUGUAUUCAUAUCUUUGUUUAUAGUACUCUAUUGUUAAAACAAUAUCCAACUAAUAAAAUUGGAAAAACAAAA